AGUACAAACAGGGGCGCCUGGGUGGCUCAGUUGGUUGAGCGACUGCCUUCGGCUCAGGUCGUGAUCCUGGAGUCCCAGGAUCGAGUCCCGCAUCGGGCUCCCUGCUCGACGAGGAGCCUGCUUCUCCCUCUAACCCUCCCCCCUCUCAUGUACUCUCUCGCUCUCUCAAAUAAAUAAAUAAAUCUUAAAAAAAAAAAAAAAAAGCAACCACGUUUGGUUACCAAACUAUCGACAUCUGGGCACAGAAUCCGGCUUUUAUUUACCAACACUGAGAAACGAGCCCCGAGUUAACUGCAUCGCAGGGAGCGCAGAAGCGGCGCAUCCCUCCCGGGGAAGCCAGCCUGGCUCCGUAAGGGAGGAGGCGAGGGCGAGGAGGGAGGCCUCGGCGCCAGGGGCCGAGCGCUCUCUCCGUCUAGUGUCCUUAGCUACCCCGUUCGCGGCGCCCGCCGUUCAUUCGCCGCCUUCGACGCGUGACCCCGGCGCGCUCGCGUCCCGGGCCGGUGACAGGCGCGGGGUACGCCGACAGAGCCCAUGUGCCCCCUCCCUCUCCUGGCCGCCGCAGUUGCCGCGUCCCGAACCCCGCGCCGGCUCCUCGGCAGAGGACUUGCCGCCGCCAUGUCUGCCGCCGGGCGACUCAAAUCCGUGGACUACGAAGUGUUCGGGAGAGUGCAGGGUGUUUGCUUCAGAAUGUACACAGAAGGUGAGGCUAAGAAAAUAGGAGUGGUUGGCUGGGUGAAGAAUACCAGCAAAGGCACUGUGACAGGCCAAGUGCAAGGCCCCGAAGAGAAAGUCAAUUCCAUGAAGAAGUUGCUGUGGCUGAGGUCGAAGAGGUUGCUGCCUGUGUUCUCCUUUAGGAUUUUGAUGGAUUCCUGUCUCACAUUAAGGUCUUUCAACCAUUUUGAGUCUAUGUGUGUGGUAUAAUAUUCAACCAUAUUUCUAAGUAGUAGUAAAGCCCCAGGGAUGUGUAUCUGCAGCCUCCCUAGCAUGAUAGGAUCAAAGCUCUAAAAGGAAACUUAAAGACUUUCUAGUCCACCUCCCUCUCAUCAUGAGUAAUAAAUUCCAACCAUAGGGAGAUUACACUCCCCUUGCCAGAAGUCCCAAAAUUAGAUUGAAAAACAAGCUAGAACUAAAAAUCACAGUCUCUUCGGUCUCACACCAGUGUUCUUUUGGGUAUAUACAACUAAUAUUGAAAAUUUCUCUUACACUAUUUUUCUCUUCCAUUGUGCUUUGUCCUUGAGAUUUUUCCAUUUUACACUUCUCUUUGUAUCACAUUUCUGGGACCUCACAUGUGUUGCUUGGCUGUGCGUUCCUUCCCCAGCCUGCCAUUGCUGGGGAGCCAAGUUUAUCAAAGAUUUCUAGACAGUGACAUAAUCCCUUCCCCACCCGAAAAGACCUCUGUUAUUUGGUCUUCCUGGACAAAGUGCAUUGUCUUCCAAAUCCUGCUGUUUACUUAGGGACAGAAAGCUUGUUGGAGUCACCUGAAUAUCUAAAAAUAUGAUACAGCUGUGACAGUGCCUUUAGCAAAGUGACUUGAACCAACAGUAGAUGUGCCGUAAAUGCCACUAUAUCUUAAAGUCAUUUGUGGGUGGUAUUCAGAUUUCAGAAGACAUUAGGUCAUAAUAUGGUUGAUAAUCGUUAAAGGAAAAACAAAUGAUAAUGUAUUGUUAGUACUGUUCUUCUGAUUUUACACUUAUCCUUUGUUGUUGGAAUUUUCAUUAAUCAUCAAAAUUAGUAAAUGUUUUAUAUACUAAAAAAUUUUGUACACAAAUGGGAAAAAUCUAAACCAUUGGCAGAUUAUCUUGAUUAAUAAUUUUCUACUAUAAAACAAAAGAUAAGAUUUCUAUCCCUAUACAGUUAUGAGACUCUGGAGUCAGACUUGGGUUUGAAUCCUGGCUUUACUACUACCUUGGUGAGUGACCAAACACAAGUAUCUCAACUGAGCCCCAUUUUCCUCAUUUGCAAAAUGGGAACAGGAAUACCUUGUAGGGUUGUAUGAAAAUUAAGAGAAUAAUGCACAUAAAAUGCUUAGCACAGUGGUACCAUGAUGUAGGGACUUAAUAAAUGAGAGCUAUUAUUAGUAUAGUCUAUUGUUAAGGACUGUAAUAAGGUCUGUUUUCUUUUUAACUUAGAUGAAUUUAGAGAUUAAGGAGCAAAUAUCACAGUUUUGAUACCAUUUGGACCUGUAAUUUCAAAACAGCUCAUUUAUCCACAUACACUCCUUUCUUUCUUCUUUUUUUUUUUAAUGGUGGUUUAUUAAAGCACGGGGACAGGACUCAUGGGCAGGAGCUGCUGCCCCUCAAAUCAACUUAUUCUAAUAACAGAAACCUGCAAAAUAUAUUGCUUAUUUUACCAAAAUCAUCAUCAUUGAAAAUAAUUACAAGUAGAUCAUAUUACCAUGAAUCAAGCUUUGGAUUUACAUAAAGUUCAUAAACAUCUUCUAACCAAAGUCAUUAGUACAGUGAUUCAGUUCUAUCCUCGUAUUUUCUCUCAUCCUCUCUGAGACUUGGAAUUAAGGUAUAUGUAAUGAUUUGACUGAAGUCUCUGCUCUGGCUCUUCUUUCUUAGGACUUAUUUGGGUAGCUAUGCCAGUUAAAACUUACCUAAAACCUCAAGCCUAAAAAAUAAGUCAUUAACUUUUUUAUGAGGUUUUCAUUAGCCAAUUAUUAUUUAUUGACCAUCUGAUAAGUAGGAUAAAAAAGUACAAAGGACUAAUAUGAUUCACUCUACACAUUUAGAACUAUAAAUGACUUGGGCAUCUUUUUUUUGACACAUUCAUUAAUUUUGGAGUGUCUAUUUUGUGCUAGACAUAAAAUAUGUAUCCCUACAGAUACAGAGAUAAAAAGAUAAAUCUCUGAAGAAGCUUAUAGUCUAGUAUGGUGUCUACAAAGGAACUUGAAAGCCACUUCUUAUAAUAAUAUAAGCCUUCCCUGACACUCCUUAACUUCAGCUUGGGGAAACACCGUUCUCAUGUGGUCCCAUGGCAUUCUGUGCUUGUUCUUAUUUUAGCAUUUCUCACACUGUAUAUUGUCUCCUGUGCUAGACUCUAGGCUACUUGAGGACGGCACAGUGUCUUAUCCAUUACAGAAGAAAAAGAUAACUAAAACAUGAUCUUGGCCCUUAAAUAACUUAAAAUUGAGUAAUGAAGACCUAUAUAACCAAGUAACAUAUAUAAAGAACUACAGUAUAAGUUUGUAUGAAAUAAGUGCCUACAAAGUGUAUGCUGCAGGAGGUAGGGGGUUUGGGAUGUUUAGUUUUUUUUUUUGAAGAGAUGGCAUUUGAAUUGAAUUUUGAUAGGAUUUCCAUAGGUAAGGAGGGAGGGAAGAAAAUCUAAGAUGAGGGAAAGGCACAGAAGCAGGACAGUGCAUGAGCCCUAUGCGUGGGAUCCAGCAAGAUUAUUGGGUGGGGGCUUCAUUGUAACUGACCUUAAGUGCAGUAGCAAGGUGUUGGGACUAUGUUCUGCAGGCAGUGGUGUGCUGACAAGGAUUUCUGGGCAAAAAGGACUUGAUCACUUUGUCAAUAGGGUGAAUGUUGGGAAAAGAAAGAUUUAGGAGAGGCAGUCUAGAGAUUUCCAGUAAUGUAGCAAGAGAUGUUGUAGUGAAACCCAGAUCAGAGGGAAUAGAGCAAUUUUGAAAACAUUGUACAAAUGGACAUAUCAGACCCUGAUCUAGAGUAAGGGUUGAAGAUUGCAAUUUCACAGUCCUUUUUUCAAAGGUGAUGACAGAAGCUAUGACAGUGGCUAAGGUUACCCAGGAAAAGUACAGAGAAUGCAAGCCAGGCAAAGGCAUAGAACUUUCUGGAAAAUUUAUUUUUAAGGGGCAGGUAAAUCUACAGAUUUAGAAGAUGAAUAGAACUAUCUUUGGAAUUAAGGGAUUUGCCUACAAUUUAGGGCAGAGUCCCCUAGAACCAAGGUGCCCCCACCUCUAACUCGGUGCACUAUUAGUUUAAUGCUCUGGACCCUUGUUUAAUGCGAGAUUCAAAAAUCCCAGCUAUCACCUUUCUCAUCCCUAUCCAUCAUGGUAAGACAGACUAAACUUGAAUUUUGGACACCUUUACAUGAAUCAAAGUGUCCUAUAUGCCCUAUGCUUCUAGCUACUAGUAGCAAAGAGAAAAUUUUGCCAUUGGAAAACACAGGGCAAGCCAUCCAAAUGGAUGCCAUUUAAAAUUAUAAUGUGUGAUAUGAAUUGAUAGUAGGCAUUUUGAAAAGCCUAAUUUCUACCUUAUGCUUCAAAGGCAAUAAGUUAAUCUUGUUUAUUAUUAAAAGUUUUUGUAUCCCUUAUGUAAAAAAGAAAUCUACAUUUUCAACACUGAACUAUUUUUAUUAUCCACAAUACCUUGUUAUAUACAGAAAUGGAAAAAUUUUGCUCAAAUAAGCCAAACCAAAUUUUUUCUUUACAUUUUUAACAGAAGAUUUUGUUAUUAAUGACAGUCUUCUAUGGAAUGUGCCAAAGGUGUGGCUUAAAACUGUUCUUAACUCUUAAUUAUCAAUUGAAAUACUUAUACCUCAAAGAGGGAGCCCUGAAAAGAAAGGCUAUGAAACUUUAAUAAAGACCAUCCUAAUGAGCAAGUACAUAAUGGGGCCCAUCCUGAGACUAGCAUCAUCUAUUGCUGAACAAUAGAACUAAAUUAUACACAGGUUUUAUUUAUUUGGCUGGCAGAGCUGAACUUUGAAAUGAACUAUCACCUCAUAAAAAAAAAAAAAAAGAGGACCCAAAUAAACAAAAACAAAGGCAAAAAAAAGAGGAGAAAUAACACCAGAAAUACAAACAACUGUAAGAGAAUGUUAUGAAAAAUUAUAUGCCAACAAAUUGGACAACUUAGAAGAUAUGGAUAAAUUCCUAGAAACAUAUAAUCUUCCAAAUACUAAAUCAGGAAGAAAUAGAAAAUUCGAACAAACUGAUUACCAGCAAUGAAAUUGAAUCGGUCAUCAAAAAGCUCCCAACCAAUGAAAGUCCAGGAUCCAACGGCUUCACAGGCAAAUUCUACCAAACAUUUAAAGAAGAGUUAAUAUCUAUUCUUCUCAAACUAUUCCAAAAAGUACAAGAGGAAGGAAAACUUCCAAAUUCAUUCUAUGAGACCAGUAUCACCCUGAUAUCAAAACCAGAUAAAGACACCUCAAAAAAAGAACUACAGGCCAAUAUCUCUGAUAAAUAUGGAUGCAAAAAUCCUCAACAAAAUACUAGCAAACCAAAUCCAACAAUACAUUCAAAAAAUCAUUCACCAUGAUCAAGUGGGACUUAUUCCCAGGAUGCAAGUGUGGUUCAAUAUUCUCAAAUCAAUCAAUGUGAUAUAUCUUAUCAAUAAGAGAAAGGAUAGGGGCGCCUGGGUGGCUCAGUCAUUAAGCGUCUGCCUUCAGCUCAGGUCAUGGUCGCAGGGUCCUGGGAUCGAGCCCCACAUCAGGCUCCCUGCUUCUCCCCCUCCCACUCCCCCACUUGUGUGCCUGCUCUUGCUAACUCUGUCAAGUAAAUAGAUAAAAUCUUUAAAAAAAAAAAAGGAUAAAAAUCAUAUCAUUUCAAUAGAUGCAGAAACAGCAUUUGACAAAGUACAACAUCCAUUCAUGAUAAAAUCUCUCAACAAAGUAGCUCUAGAGGGAACAUAACAUAUUAAAGGCUUUAUAUGCAAAACCCACAGUGAACAUCAUGUUCAAUAGGAAAAACCUGAGAGCUUUUCCCCUAAGGUCAGGAAUAAGACAAGGAUGUCUACUCUUACUGCUUUUAUUCAACAUAGUACUAGAAGUCCUAGCUACAGCAAUCAGACAAGAAAAAGAAAGGCAUCCAAAUUGGUCAGGAACAAGUAAAAUUUUCACUGUUUGUAGAUGACAUGAUAUUAUAUAUAGAAAACCCUAAAGACCCCACCAAAAAACUACUAGAACUGACAAAUUCAGUAAAACUGUGGGAUACAAAAUCAAUGUACAGAAAUCUGUUGCAUUCCUAUACACUAAUAAUGAAGCAGCAGAAAGUGAAAUUAAGAAAACAAUGUCACUUAAAAUUACACCAAAACCAAUAAAAUAUCUAGGGAUAAAUUUAACCAAAGAGAUGAAAGACCUGUACUCUGAAAACUAUAAAAUGCUGAUGAAAGAAAUUGAAGAUGGCACAAAGAAAUGGAAAGACAUUCCAUACUUAUGGAUUGGAAGAAUGAAUAGUGUUACAAUGUCCAUACUAUCCAAAGAAAUACACAGAUUUAAUGCAAUCCCUCCCAAAAUACCAACAUUUUUCAUAGAACUAGAACAAAGAAUCCUAAAAUUUGUAUGGAAUCACAGAAGACCCUGAAUAGCCAAAGCAAUCUUGAAAAAGAAAAACAAAACUGGAGGUAUCACAAUUCCAGAUUUCAACUUACAUUACAAAGUGGUAAUAAUUAAAACAGUAUGGUACUGACAUAAAAGUAGCCACAUAGAUCAAUGGAACAGAAUAAAAAACCCAGAAAUAAACCCAUAAUUAUAUGGUCAAUUAAUCUUUGACAAAAGAGGAAAGAGAAAGAGUAAACAAUUAGAAAAAGACAGUCUCUUCAACAAAUGGUGUUGGGAAAAUUGGACAUAUACAUGCAAAAUAAUGAAACUAGACCACUUUUUUACACCAUACACAAAAAUAAACUCAAAACGGAUUAAAGAACUAAAUGUGAGACUUGAAGCCAUAAAAAUCCUUGAAGAAAACAUAGGCAGUAAUAUCUCUGACAUCGACUAUAGCAACAUCUUUCUAGGUAUAUCCCCUAAGGCAAGGGAAAUAAAAGGAAAAAUAAACUAUUGAGACAACAUUAAAAUAAAAAGCUGCUGCAGAAGGAAACAAUCAAUAAAAUUAAAAGGCAACUUAUGGAAUGGGAGAAGAUAUUGGCAAAUGACAUAUCCAAUAAAGGGUUAAUAUCUAUAAUAUAUAAAGAAAUUAUAAAACACAACACACAAAAAAUGAAUAAUCCAAUUAAAAAUGGGCAGAAGACAUGAUCAGACAUUUCCCCAAAGAAGGCAUCCAGAUAGCCAACAUACACAUGAAAAGAUGCUGAACAUCACCCAUCAUCAGGGAAAUACAAAUCAAAACUACAAUGUGAUAUCACCUCACACCUGUCAGAAUGACUUAAAAAAACAAAAAAACAAGGAUUGAUGAGGAUGUGGAGAAAAAGGAAUCCUCUUGCACAGUUGGUGGGAAUGCAAACUAGUGUGGCCACUGUGGAAAAGAGUAUGGAGGUUACUUAAAAGAUUAAAACAGAACUACUCUAUGAUCCAGUAAUUGGACUGCUGGGUAUUUACCCCCCAAAUCCAAAAACACUAAUUCAAAGGGAUACAUGCACCUGUAUGUUUAUUGCAGCAUUAUUUACAAUAGCCAAAUUAUGGAAAUGGCCCAAGUGUCCCUCAACUGAUGAAUGGAUAAAGAAGAUGGUGGUAUGUAUAUACAAUGGAAUAUUAUUCAGCCAUAAAAAAGAAUGAAUCUUGCCAUUUGCAGUGACAUGGAUGGAGUUACAGAGUAUAAUGCUAAGCAAAAUAAGUCAGAGAAAGACAAAUGCCAUAUGAUGAUUUCACUCAUAUGUGGAAUUUAAGAAACAGAACAAACAGGCAAAGGAAAAAAAAGACAAACCAAGAAACAGACUCUUAAAUAUAGGGAACAAACUGAUGGUUCACCAGAGGGGAGGUGGAUGAAAUAUGUGGUAAGGAUUAAAGAGUGCACUUACCACGAUGGAAAAAGAAAUGAACUAUCACAAGCCAUGAUUAAUGAACUGUUUAUAAGUGAAAAACUCUGAUAAAAGUCAGUUGACAAAAUGAACAGGUUCAGUAAACAUACUAAAAGUUGAUGGCCCAUACCUAGAUAAUUGAGUACUUUUAUCCUUAGAAAAUGGAUUUUAGCCAUUUGAAUGUGACACAGAAAAUGAACCCAUUAGAAUUCUCAGAUAUGGAAUCAUUGCCUACCCAAAAAGAUCUGAAACAUACUUUUGAAUUAGCCAGUCAUUUUCUAGUGUAGAGGUUCCAGAAAAAUGAUCAGGUUUUGUUUUGUUGUUUUUAAUUUUUUCUAUUGUUUUAUUUUCCUUAGUUUACUUUGGAUUUCUAUUUUUUUGCUUUUCUCAGGUGUAUUUCAUUAAAGGAUAAUAUACAUAUAGCAGUGUGUUUCACAGGUAUACAACUCAGUGAAGUUUCACAAAUUGAAUACACCCAGGUAUCCAGCACCCAGAUUAAGACAUAGGACAUCUCCAGUCCUUUAGAAUCCACCAUCAUAGUCCCUUCCAGUCAAUAGGUACCCACCCUCCAAAACUGUUGGAAGAUAAUUAUCAUGGGUCUCUGAUGUUUCUGCACUUUUGGAAGCAGAAACACUAACUGCCUUGGUUCAGAGUAUCUUUUCAAGGAUAUCCGUGAAUAGCCUUGGAAGACAGAAAUGGUGUUUCCCUCCAGAGCAAAGGGCAGGUUUGCUUACAGCCUUGAAAAAGUAGAGAUUUUGUCUCCUAUGGGUUUCCUUGCUGUUCAGUAUAAUAAAGAUAAUGUCUGCCUUCAAAGCAAAGGGCAGACAUGCUUAAUUCCCAUUAUAAAGGAUUCACUUUUUUUUUUUAAUAAUUUUUUUUUUUUUUAAGAUUUUAUUUAUUUAUUUGACAGAGAGAGAGAGAGAGCAGGAACAGAAGCAGGGGGAAUGGGAGAGGGAGAAGCACGCUUCCCGUGGAGCAGGGAGCCCGAUGUGGGACUCAAUCCCAGGACCCUGGGACCAUGACCUGAGCCGAAGGCAGACGCUUAACGACUGAGCCACCCAGGCGCCCAAGGAUUCACUUUCCUUCAGGCCAGGGUACCUCUCCUCUAACGCAGCCCACUGUGUGUGCAGGUGUCACGUGGCUUUCGUCAUGCUGCAGAUUAAGAGUUUUCAAAGGGCUCAAGAGAUGGGUAGAAAUACUGACACUGGCUGUUGAGCUGUAAGGUCCUUUGUCUCUGACUCAGCAUCUGCUAACUAGGCAGGAUAACAUGCUAAGUUUGUAAGUAGGGGGUCAGAUACCAGAAUCUUCACUGUUCUUGGUAGUGAUGACUGUUUGGACUUCUACCACCAUAGGUCAAGUGCACCUGUUCUUAAACUUCAUACAGAAAUGGAAUUAUAUAGCACAUACUCUUGAGUCUGGCUUCUUCUAUCCAACAUCAUGUUUGUGAGAUUCAUUCAUAUUACUACAUGUAGGCAUAGUUCUUUAUUUCUCACAGUAUUCCAUGGUGUGAAUAUUUAAAGCUUGUUUAUUUUUUCAACCAGUGGUGAAUAUUGGGGCAGUUCCCAGUGUUAGCUAGUAGAAUUGUGCUGUUAAAAACAUUUCUAUGCAGGUCUUUGUGAAUACAUAUAUGCAUUUCUGUUGGGAAUAUUCCCAGAGCUGGAUCAGAGGGUGUGCAUAGAGCCUGCCAAACAGUUGUCUAAAGUAUUCGUAUCAGGCUACUCUUAUACCAUUCUGGUUUCUCUGUGUACUUUCCACCCUUUUUAUUUUCCAUCUUUUUAGUUUAACUGUUUUUUCAGGCUGACAUGCUUUGAUUUUGCCAUAAUGUGUAUAAAUAAAGAUAAAUAUGCCAAUGGUACCCUUCCAAUUUUACAGAGCAAUCUCACAAGUCAUUUUGCUAUUUAGAAAAAGAGAUACAUCAAUGACUAAGCUGUUACCAGGGUAAAUUGUCAAGACAAUCAGAGCCACAAAUUUUUUGUUAGGGAAUUUUUCCAUGAAGACAACAAUUUCUGAAGUCUUCAGCUUCUGACAAGACCAAGUUAUUCAAAUUGCAUUUCUAAAGAUAAUUUUAACGGAAACAAGGUGAAACUGUUAAGAAUAUUCACAGAACUCUCCAUGGUAUACAGGAAAGAGAUGGAUAUUCUUCCAAAUGUUCCCAAUUGAAAAUAAAAUCUAUACUGCCAAAUCUUCCCAGUAAGCAGAAGCAGAGAAAGUAAUAGAUUUUACUAAAUACUAGUGAAAUUAAGGGCACAGUAGUAUUGUAUUAAUCUUCCACAUAAACAAGAUCACAUGAAGACAAGAGAGAAAACAGUCAACAUGGCACUGUUUUUCUUUAGAGAACCCUUUGCAAGGCAACAGAGUUAAUGCUUCAGCAACCUGCAGUUCUCCCAGGCCAGUCCUGAGAACAGUAUUCCUCCUCCCAUCACCACUCCCAGAGCAAGUUGUCCUUGCAGGCUCACAGUUGACCCGGUCUUAAUUCUAGGCCCUGCAUUUCAGACUCAGUCCUGCAUCUGGCCUUUCAUUCAGUUUUCCCUGCUUAGGGCACCAACCACAAUCUCUUUGGUUCCUUUCAUCCAUUCUGAACUGGAAACACUUUUCCUUCCCUGUGGACUGGUCUUCCUUUGAGCCCUGUAGUCAUUGCUAAGGGAGGGAGGGGUUGGAAGAGCGCAGAGGGGCAAUAAGAGCUCCCGAAGUUUCCUUGAAAGGACACCCGCUCUGCCUCUGGAGAUGACAAGAGAGCUAGAUUAAACUAAAGAGCCUGCUUCUGCAGAUGAGUCUGGGCUACCUUUUUUUUUUUUUGAGGGGGCGCUACUACUUUUUUUUUUUUUUUAAAGAUUUUAUUUAUUUAUUCAUGAGAGACAGAGAGAGAGAGAGAGAGGCAGAGGGAGAAGCAGGCUCCCAAGGAGCAGAGAGCCCGAUGCAGGACUCCAUCCCAGGACCCUGGGAUCAUGACCUGAGCCGAAGGCAGACGCUUAACCAUCUGAGCCACCCAGGUGCCCUGAGGGGGCGCUACUACUUUUAAAAAGAGGUAGAAGAGAUAUGAAAGAGGGAUGAGAAACAGAAGGAGAGGAGGAGGAGAAAGAGAAAGAGUACACCACCCUGGCACCUCUGACACUUGAUCAUGUUGAGGACGAAGAAAGGAGGCCAAUCAGAGUCCCUACAUUUUGUAUGAAUUCACUGGGCGAGGCUAAGAAAACUUUCUCACCAAAGACAUUACUGUUAUCCUUGCUGUGUGAAUUGGCUCUAACUUGUCCACUCAACCACAGCCAGACAGUCAGUAGUGCCUGAGUGAUGGUUGUGGUGGUGUGGAAUUAAGGUCUUUGAGGGGAGAAAUAGGAAUGCCUUUUCUGGGCUGGCAGGGAACCUAGGUCUACCAACACUUCUGAAGAUCAGGGUUGAUCAAAAACAAAGUGGAGCUGACAGUGGUCUGGAAAUUGUACAUCCAUCAGGCAGCAGCCCAAGGGGGGUGUAUAGCCAGGAGCAGGCAGCACUCAGUGACUGGAAGGGCAGGAAGACCAAUGGAGUUGGAUACAUCACAUAGGAACAAGUGGUACACUGCCGUUCACCCUGGGCUUGAUUAAUGCCCAGCAGUUGUCCACAGUGAUGAGCAGAGUGUGUCAAACACGCUUUUGAGGACACAUGAUAUCAUGAGCACUGGGUGUUAAGACUGAUGAAUCACUGACCUCUAUCUCUGAAACUAAUAAUACAUUAUAUGUUGAUUAAUUGAAUUUAAAUUUAAAAAUACAUUAAAAUUAAAAAACAAAACAACAGGCUCCUGAACAAAGCUAGAAAUCCAGGUGGUAGUAACCAGACUAGAGGUCCUGGGAACAAACAGGGUGCAAGCAUUAUAGAUAAAGACAGUGCAGUGUAUAGCAUCAUUUGUUUGACUUAGAAGAGUGUGAACCGUGCCACAGAGCAUGUAAUGUUAAUGCAGAACAGCCAUGAAGGUCUCAAUCCUGCAGUUGAGAGAGUGAGUUUUCAAAGGAAGCAGGGUGCAGAAAGAUCAGUACACAAAGAGUAAUAGGCAUACCCAGUGCUGUUGCCAAGGCACAGGUCCAGCAGGAAGUGGUAGGGGAUCUUGUAUGGGAGUACUUCCAAGGGCAGAGGUUAACCAGAUUGGAACCCAGAGGGAUCCCCAUUGGCUUCCUUAUCUGGCAGAGUCUAACUCUAUGGGCCCCUUCACACAAUAGGCAGUAUUCAAGUGGAUUUGGUCAGAGGUCCUCUUUGAUAAUCUCAGCAAUUGUGUCAGGCUCUGGAAGGUUGUGGUCUGAAAACCAACUGAAGAAGCUGCAGGUGACGUCUCGAUUCCUAUGAAUGGAAGACUAGAGUUCAUGGCCUGGGUGCCCUAUGAUUGGAGUGGCAAGAGGCUCCACUUGGUCGGAUGAUCUGACAUAUUCCUCGACAAUCAGCUUGUUUCUGCACUGUGGGUUUCUUUGAAAGAACUAGAACUUGAAGCCCACCCUAGGGUGUCUCCAAAUUGGCUAUGUACCUUAACAUAUCUGCUUCUUGGCCUCUAAUCAGGGUGGACAGCUAUCGAUGGUUCCAAAAGGCACUGACCCAGAAGCUGGGGAUAUUCUGAACAAUGCAGUUCCUCUGCUCUAGGAAGUGUUGACAUACCUGACCACACUUGUGCUGUAACUGUAGUACGGCUCUGUCAGCCUGAGCAUUCAGUCUCCACUUCUAGUUGGAUGGCCUCCAGGGAGCUCGCGUGGGCAUCCACGUUCAGGGACCAGGGACCUGCCUUGACCUUCACCUCAUUUACCACCAUAUUUUCCUUCACCAUUUCCAUUUCUUUACCUCCUGGCUUCUGCUCCACCACUUCAGCCCCCUCCUCCUCAUCUACUGCUCCUGGGAAGAUGGCACACCCUCAGUCUUUAUUUCCUUGGCCUUUGCCCGUCAUCACUUCAGACCCCAGCCUCCCUGAGCCCUGGAUUUCUAGGCCCUUGUUCCCAACAGGGCCAUGUGGCUCUUCACACUGAAAGCCAUUUUUUCAGGCUGCUAGCAGUUGCCCAGAGGCUGCUUCCAGGCUCUCCAUGGGUCAGUCUCAUGACCGUCUGUUUCCAUAACUUCUGUCAUCCUUCUUAUUUGCUUGUCGGUGUGUGGUGGUAUCACAUGGUGGUUUUAAGUUGCAUUUACCUAAUGUGUAACAAAGUGAAAACCUUUUCAUGUGUUUUGGGGCCAUUUUGAUAUCCUCUUUAUGAAGUGUCUGAGUCUUCUCCCAUUUUUCUAUUGAGUAUUCCAUAUUUUUCUUAUUGAUUUAUAGGAAUCCUUUACAAGUGCUAGAUGCAAAUCUGUUUUCAGAAAGGUGUCUUGCAAAUAUCGUCUCCCUUUCUGAGUUGCUUUUCUCUAUAUUAAGGAUGUCUUUGGAUGAACAAAAGUUGUAAAUUGUAAUGUAUUCCAAUUUAUCAUUUUCCCCUUUAGAUUAGGGCUCUUUGUGCUGUUUAAGAAAUCUUCCCUCUCUAAGAUCUUUCACUUUUAUAACUACAAUCGAUCUGAAAUUGGCUUUUGCGAAUGGUAUGAGAGGAGUCAAGAUUUGUUUUUUCCAUAUGACUAUUGAAUUGACCAGACACUGUCUAUUGAAAAGACCAUCACUUCCCCAUGCAUUAAAUGUUUCCAUCAAAAGUGGCAUGUGGCAUAUAUCAUUGGCCAGAGCCAGUCAGAUGGCCUUGCCCAGCUUCAAAAGGUCAGGUAAGUGUUACUGUCCCCUGAGCCUGGACGAAGGAAACUAGAAGUACUGGUGAGCACUAUAUCACUCAUCAAAGAGUAUAACUUGAGUAAUGUGUAAAAGACCAGCAGAGUUAGGCCAAAGAAAGUAGAGAAAAGGUAAUGAGGACUGUAAGAAGAGAAAAAUGAAUGACAGUAGAGUAUCAACCAAAGAUUAACAGUAAAAGGAGAGAGAAUGAGUUAACAGUACUUGGAAUGAAAUAUAUAAUCAUAAGUUAGAUCUUUAGUAGUGAUCUAAAGAAAUAUGAGAGAGCAUGUUGGACAACUUUUAUGCCAGUGCAUUUUCAAACCAGGAUGAAAUAUAUUCAUGGCAUGUAUAACUUAUUCACACUGAAAUGCAAUACAAAACCUAAAUAGACAUAGAAACAAUAAAUAAAUUGAAUCAAAAGUUUGAAAAGAAUCUUACCACAAAAACAGCAUGAGGCUGAAAUGGUCUUGAGACAAAUACUACCAUACCUUUAAGGAAUACUUAACCUACUAAACAUUAAAUAUUUAUUGUGUACCUGUGGUAUACCUGGCACUCUUCUAGGCCCUUAGGAUAUACUGGUAAAUAGAACAAAGAUUUCUUCCCUCUUGGAGUUUGUAACAGAGGAGAAAAACAAUGAAUAACAAGUAAACAGUAAAUCAUACCAGAAAGUGAUGAAUGUUAAGGAAAAGGAACAGUAAGAGUUGAAUAAGGGGAUUGAGGGUUCUGGGGUUGGGAGUGGGGAGUAGUAGUUUUAAAUAGGGUGGUCAGAGGAAGUCUCAUUGAAAAGGUAAGAUUUUGGCAGAGAUUCAAAGAUGAGAGAGUUAGCUAGUGGAUAAUCUAGAGAACAGCAUUCUAGGAAGAGAGAAGAGCCAAGUGGAGGCCCUAAGACGGGAGCAUGCCUAGGGUGUUCGAGAAAUAACAAGGAGAUCAAUGUGAUUGGAGCAGACUGAAUGAGAGAGGCCAGAUCAAGUAGGGUCUAAUAUGAUACUAUAAGAUGUUUGGUUUCUGCUCUUAGUGAAAUGGAAAGCCAUUUCAGGAUUUUGAACAGAGAACUCAGAAUCUGACUUAGGUUUUGCAUGGAUCGCUGUGGCUCUUGCAUGAGGAAUAGAUUGGAUGGGGGCAGUAGUAGAUGUAGGGAGAUCUUUUAGAAGGCUAUCAAAGUAAUCCAGGUGAAAGAAAUUUCCCAGAUCAAGUGGUAGCAAGGGAGGUGGAUGGUAGAUGCCCUAUAAUGGUAUAGGGAAAUGAAUUGGAUAGGGGAAAUAAGAAAAAGAAAGAAGUCAAGGAUGACUCCAUGGAUUUUGACCUCAGUAGCUGGUAAGAUGGAAUUGCCAGAAGCAGAGAGGGGAAGGUCGUGGUGGGACAACUCUCCACAGGGGAAUCAGAAGUUUGCUUUUGGAUGAGUUAAAUUUAAAAUCACUGUUGAACAACAGAGUUGAGAUAGUAGGCAUUAGGAAUUUGGAGCUCACAAGAGGUCUGGGACAGGGCUACAUAUUUGGGAAUAAUCAGCAUACAUGAUAUUUAAAGCCAUAGAGCUGGAUGAAAUCACCAAGAAUGUGAGUAUUGAUAGUCUAAGCCCUGGGGCCUCCAAAAUUACACAGUCAAGGAGAAGACGACUAAGGAGAGAUCAGUGAGGUAGGAGGGAAUAUGAGAGUGCGCAGUGUGCUGGCAGCCAGAGGUAUAAAGGAAAGUGUUCAACUGUGUGACAUGGUGCUGACAGGUCAAGUAAAAUGAAGUCUGAGAAUUGACCAUUGAAUUUUACAACAAAAAGAGUCACUGGUGACUCAGUAAGAGCACUUUCAGUGGAAUAGUGGUGGUUAGAAUGGGUUUUAAAAGGAAUUAGAGGAAAGAAAUUGGAGACAGUGAAUAUUGACAAUCCUUUUGAGGAAUCUGCUCCAAAAGGAAAUAGAGAAAUGGGAUCAUCACUUGACAAGAACAGUUUUGGAAGAGUGGGAGGGUGACAGCUUAGCUAUAAUGGGUUUAAGAGGAAAUGGAAAGGGAGAGAGUGAAAGCAGCAAGAAUACAUGACUCUUGGGGAGUUUUGCUUCAGAGAAGUGGGAUGAUGGCUGGUGGAGAAAGUGGGUCAAAGAAAAUGUUUUUAAAAUGGGACAAAAAGAAGUAUGUGUACAUGCUGAUGUCAGUGAUUUAGUAGGGAGCAAAAAUUAAUGAUGUGGGGGAGAGGAAGGAGAAUCAGUGGAUAGAUGUCCUUGAAUAGAUAAGAGCAGAUAGAAUCUGGUACCUAAGUGGAGGAGGAGGCUGCCUAUAGGAGCAUGACAAGUUCACCCAUGGGAACCAGCAGGAAGGCAAAGGAUGAGGGUGUGUAUGCUGGGCAGUGGGUAGAAGUGGUGGGAUCUAUGAAAUUCUCUUCUGGUUGUUUCAGUGUUGCCAGUCAAGUUUGGAAAGCAAGAUUAUCAAUUGAGUGCGGAUGAGGCAAGAGGCAGUGGGACUCUGAGGAGAGAGCUCAAGGUCAUGAAUUUAAAGUGAGGCCCAUCAGCCUGCUUGUGAAUUUUUCUUCAGCUACAUUCAGUGUACAGGCGCAGCAUGAGAAAGCAGAGUUAGAUUUAGAGCUGAAGCAAGAAGGGCAAGAGAAUGAUGACAAAAAUUGAUCUUAGAAUUUAAGCCUGGAGGAGUGGAGGACAUACAGGGAUGAGGGGCAGUGAAAUGGUGGCCUGAUCAAUACACUGGAAGACCCAGGGAACUGAAGAUCACUGGGGCCAAGUACCAGAGUGAGCUAGAAGGAUGCCGUAGUGUUCUGGGAGGGGACUGCAAGGGAUUGGUCAGAAUCCUCAUCCUUCCAAGUGGGGCUUGGACGAGGCCGACUGAGGGUGAGGCCAUUCCAGGGGAGGAGGUCAAUGAACCAGGAGGCCAGCGUGGGAAGGAUCGCUGAUGUGUAUAUUAAAAUCGCAGAACGGUAAGAUCAGAGAGCAGUGAGAAGGAGCCAGGAGCUAAAAUCAUUAAGAAAUGAGGGGAAUGAAGUUGGAGUGGCAUGAAUGCAGGACAUUAGGUGAUCUAAACUGAUGACGGAUUUAAAGCUGGGUCUGUAUUCUAGCGCCAAGGUUAAUUAUAUAGCAAUGCCACCUUUGGCUGAAAUCAGUGGGAAAGCAGACACCUUUAGAAUUGCAAUGUCACAGACCCUGUAUUUUACUAUUUUUCUUUUUCUCAAAGUGCCUAGAGGAAGGUUACACAUACAUUAGCUGAUCAAAAAUAAGGAAUGUUUAUGUUAUUUUUUUUAAUUGGAAAGUGAGCAGUGAUCAUACUGAGUUUAGUUUGAAAUGUAAUUUUCUCUUGGGGUCUCUCAUUCUGCUUGUGUCCUAGAGGAGACGGACUAGAAACUACUGAAAAGAACAAAAUAGGAUUUUAAGUUGGGACUUGAAACAUUCGGCUAUAUACCUACAUACAUAUAUAUAUACACACACACAUAUAUAUAAUUUUUUUUAGGAAGGGGAAUAAAGAGAGAUAAUACAAAAUAUCUGAACCAUCUAGUCAACCAGAGACAGAGGUGUGACAAGAGAGGAAGAGGGAAUGGGGAGGGAUAGAAGAGAAAAAGAGAAGGAAGAAAAGAAGAAAAAUGAGGAAAGAAGGAAGGAUGGCUUUUCAGGAGAAGUACAGUGUGACCACAGUUCUGCACACCGUAGAAUUGUGAGUGUUUGACUUCCCUGGGAAACAGGGAAAGCAUGCUCUUUUAACGGAUAAACUUAAGAUGAAUGAAGAGAGCCUGUGAAUUGUAUAAUCUUCUUUCCCUUGGACUCUUCAAAUCUCAAUGAGCAGUUGGUCCUUGUUUUGAAAAGGAUCUCUCACUCUUGACUGAAUUCUUCAAACAAGUGUGUUUGUCCACUGAUCUGGCAGAGCCAUGGUUCCUUGGGCUAGGCCAUCCAGCAUAGAACGCUGAGGGCCUCAGUACCGUGUUACUUGCUUAAGACUGAAAAGAAUGUUGGGUAGAGGAGGGGGGAGCUGCACACUUUGUUCAUUUCCUCAGUUUCCCAUAGAAAGCACAUGAAACUGUGUUUGCAGAGGGAAUGGUGAGAAAGAGGCUUUGCGUGAUUAACCAAGUAGCUUUAUAGGGAGCAGUCAUCUCUCUGUGGCCUCUUAGAAAAAGUAUAUAAAUAGAGAGAAGUGGAGUGAAAAUAUUUUAGUUACCAGAGUGUGGGUAAUGAUUUACUCUGGGAAAGUCAAUAAUUGUGAUUUAAUGAUUUUCUAGUAAUGCAGCACUCAGAGAGAGCAAAUACUCAUGACGGUGCCUGAUGGAUCUGGGAGAGGCUGAAGGUCUGUGUCGGGGGCUGGCCUGGCAGACCGGCUCCAGGGUGGCAGAGCCAGAUGGCAGGGGUGACAGAGGUCAGCCCAGGGGUCUACAGAGCCAUUAGAAAGAUGGAAAAAUACAGUAUAAAACAUGACAUAGAAAAUGUUUGUAAUAUGUAAAUGUUAAAUGUAAUCAUUCUAGCCUGAUUGAGAUAAAAGUAAUGAUUAAAAAUGAUACUAUAGCAAAUCAAAAUUUAUUUAUGAAAAUUUGAAAUAUUGUGGGAUCUUUAAAAAAAAAAAAUAACGUGACUUUAAAAAACAAAGUGCAUCAAUGGUGCCAUCAUUGCAAGAGCAUAUUUUUUGAGCCAAUACUGCCAACUGCUUUAAAGACUUCUUUUAGACCCUAUACUAGUUACAGAAUGGUGGACAGAAUGUUGUUCUAAUGCCUGGUGUUUUCUUCUCAGCUGUCAUUUUUAAAUAAUCUCUUAACAUCUUUUUUUCUCUAGAAACAGCAAUAUUUUUGUUUUGGUGCAUUAUGUCCUCACUGAACCCUCUGAGCUAGGUACUAUCAUUAGCCCCAUUUUACAGAUAUGAAACUGAGGUGCAGAAAUAAUAAGUAAUUUGCUCACAGACACAUAGUAAAUGGCAAAGUCAAGAUAGGAAUCCAGGCAGUCAGAACCCCCAGCUCUUCCUCUUAAACACUGCGGCACGCUCUGAGCCUUUCUCUGCCUCACUUUUCUCCUGGUGGUUGUGACGAUUAAAUAAGAUACGGAGCUCAGGCAGGGGAGGCAUUGGUUCUGUCGUUAUCUGUUUCCGUAUUGUUUGAUUUGUUGUAACAAACAUGAAUUAUUCAUGUAUUUUUGUAAUCAAGAAAAAAAAAUGAGGCCGCCUGGGUGGCUCAGUGGGGUUGAGCGUCUGACUUGGUUUCGGUUCAGGUCAUGAUCUCAGGGUUGUGAGAUUGAGCCCCCUAUUGGCUCCUUGCUGGGUGUGUAGCCUGCUUGAGAUUCUCUUUCUACUUCUCCUCCUGUCCUCCCCACCUCUCUCUCCCUCAUAAAUAAAUAAAUAAAUAAAUAAAUAAAUAAAUAAAUAAAUAAAUAAAUUCUAAGGCCUAUAUGACUCCCUGGCAUAGAGAGGCACCUGAUAAAGUUGUUGUUAUUACAUCUGAAAGCAAAGUUCUAGAGUUUCCACUUGACCUAGGAGGGAUUUAUGAGCUCUGGAAGCUUGGUUGUGAAGGGAAGAAAUAAGAUAGGGCAAUAGGCAGAGAAGAAUUCGGGUUAGAGGUUUCUAUUUUCCAAUGAGAAGGGCUUGUAUUUGCUAAAGUGAGGGGUGGGAAAAGGGGGAGGGAGAGCAAAUCGGUUAAGUGAGUAUGAGAACCAAUGGAGUUAAGUCCCAAGGAAUAGGGGGAGAGGGAUAGUCCUAGAACCUUGGAUAAAAUAACUUACCUUGAAAAAGGUUAACAUGACUUACCCGUUAGUAGAUAAGGCCCAUUUUUUUGAGCUCAUCGAGGUAACAAAAAUAACAAGAUCAUUUUGGAAAAUGAGAAGGGGAUGAAAAGAACUCUAUGGUUUUAUUUAUCUGCCUGGUUCUGGGCAAUGUGAGAAUAGGUUUUCUGAAGAGGAGCCAACAGUUUAUUUUUCCAUUUGUGGGUUACGAUGGUAAAAUGAUUGUCGGCAAAAGAACAUCUUUUCAAGUGUCUUCCCUUGGUGUAGGUCGGGGGUCAAGAAGAGGAGGUAUUUCUGCAGCUGGGAGCAAAGUUCAGAACUGUCUUCCUGGAAUGGGCUCUCAUUUCAGAGUCUAAAAUAGAUUUGAAAUACUGUGCUAUUUGGGAAUUGGAGCCUAUUCCUUCUAAGCACAUCUGUUGGUAGCUGUUGAAAUUCAAAUAAAUUCAAAUAAGGUCCAAGGAAUGCUCAUAUUACACUCACCGAUUUCAAGGAGCAUUUAAAAAACACAUUCAGAAAACCUACACUAGUCACUGACGGUACCAAAGACACAAAGCCUUGAUUUUCUGCCAGCCAUAGUUAUUCUGAGCCCAAGCCACAACAUUUAAUUUCUUUAAAAUGCCCCUUUCUCCCUACCUGAACUUUUCAACUGAGAUUCAUUUUUAUUUCCAAAAGUUUAAAUAUGAACUGCAUCACAAAGUCGUGUAUUUUGAUUUUGAUCAUUCUGCAGCCUUCACUAGGUGAAAUGAGGUUGUUGGACUAUUAAAGUCAGAAAGCCAGGGGGCGCCUGGGUGGCUCAGUUGUUAAGCGUCUGCCUUUGGCUCGGGUCAUGGUCCCAGGGUCCUGGGAUCGAGCCCUGCAUCGGGCUCCCUGCUCAGCGGGAAGCCUGCUUCUCCCUCUCCCACUCCCCCUGCUUGUGUUCCCUCUCUCACUGUAUCUCUCUCUGUCAAAUAAAUAAAAUCUUUAAAAAAAAAAAAAAAAAGUCAGAAAGCCAGCAUUGAACAGAUGCAUUUUCCCCUGUCUUUUCUCCAGUUUUAGUAAAUGAAAAUUUUCAUUUCAGUGUUAGAAUUAAGGGAACUUGGUAUAUCUACUUAUUUAUACACAAUUCCAUUUUAGAAAGAAAUCAGGGCAUCUCUAAAAAGGCAAAGACGGGGGCACCUAGGUGGCUCAGUUCGUUAGGCAUCUGACUUUGGCUCAGGACAUGAUCUCAGGGUCCUGGUAUCAGUCCUGCAUUGGGCUCCCCAUCAGCGAUCAGCAGGGAGUCUAUUUGUCCCUCUCCCUCUGCCCCCCCCAACUUGUGCUUGUGUGCGUGCACACACACACACACACACACACACUCUCUCUCUCUCUCUCUAAUAAAUAAAAUAUAUUUUUUAAAAAGGCAAAGACAGGACAGAAAAAUACAGAGAGUUCUCUUUUUCAUUAAGCCAUGACUCUCUGUAAGGAAAUGUGAUCUACCAAAUAUAUUGGAAGAAAUAAAAGGUUGUGAGUUUUUCUUUUUUUCUUAGUAGUUGAAAUUUUGACUAGAAUUUCAAAUAGCAUAUUCAUAUGUCAUCACCUGAAAGUUUAAUGUUAGAAGUAGAUACCACACCAGUACAUUACAUGAAUUAUCUCCUUUAGUUUAAACCUCAUAAUUACCCACCCUAUGGAGUAUUAUUAUUUCCAUCUUAUAAAUGAAGGUAUCCAAAGAUUAAAAAUAAGCAGUUCGCUCAAAGUCACACAACUGAGUCAGAAUUCAAACCCAUGUCUGUUAUUCCUGGUUAUUAACUCCUAAUCUAAAUUAUGUCUGUUAUAUGGAAUGCAGUAAAGGAGAAGAUGAAGGACCAUAAAAAGAAAUCAAAAUGUAUUAGGAGUUGUAAGACAUAAAUUCACAUGUAAAAAAUGAAGACAUUUGUCUAAAUUCAGGCAAACUUUUAAAACAAGUAUUAUGGUAAAAAUAAAGCAUCAGGGGACAUCUGGGUGGCUCAGUCGUUAAGCGUCUGCCUUCGGCUCAGGUCAUGAUCCCAGGGUCCUGGGAUUGAGCCCCACGUUGGGCUCUCCGCUCCACAGGAAGCCUUCUUCUCCCUCUCACACUCCCUCUGCUGUGUUCCCUCUCUCGCUGUGUCUCUCUCUGUCAAAUAAAUAAAUAAAAUCUUUAAAAAAAAAUAAAGCAUCAGGAAGGGGUAAGACAAACAGGAUACCAACAGCUCAGAACAAGGCUCCAUAGACAAAGGUGUGGCAAAAAUCGCAUAUGCUUGUUUCUCAAGGUGUGUUCCUUGCAUUUUCCAGCACCUUUUGGAAACAUGAGUGGUCUAUGUAAGGUUCUGGCACAGUGAAAGAUCCUUCCCCUAGGAAAGCUAAUAACUUGCCAUUUGACACUGAUAUUCCUAUUUUCUUUCAACUCUUUACUUUCAUCUAAAAUACCGUAGGUGGGGGUGCCUGGGUGGCUUAGUCGUUAAGCAUCUGCCCUCAGCUCAGGUCAUGAUCCCAGGGUCCUAGGAUUUAGCCCCAUGUCAGGCUUCCUGCUCUGCGGGGAGUCUGCUUCUCCCUCUCCCCUUCCUCUCUUCCAUGCUCGCUCGCUCUCAAAUCAAUAAAUAAAAUCUUUAAAAAAAUUAUAAAAUACCAUAGGUGCUUAAAUAUACCAUAGGUGUUAGAGUCUAUAAUGUUCAACAACUAGUAUUGUCCAACUGCGAGUAUAGCUGGUUCCUCCUUCCUCCUCAGAUUUAUAUACAGAAAAAAUAUUAUCCAUGAUUCCACUAUUCCAUGUCAGUAGUGACUUUCACUUUUGUCUUCAGUAUGCACAGUAAGAGAAUUAUUACUGGGCUCCCCUCCACCAAUCAAUAAGAACAAAUUUUUCCAGUUUUUAUAAUUAUAACUCUAAUGCUGAUGUAAUAGUCUAUUCAGUUGAUAUAGUACAGUUAUAUUGGGCAUUUUGCUUGUUUCCAGUUUUUGCUGUUUUAAAUAGCCUUCUAAUAUUAGUUAUAUAUUAUAUAAAUAUAAUACAUAUAUUUGAGUAUAUAUUUUAUUAUAUACUUAUUAGUAUAUAUAAUUCACAUACAUUUCUUCAUAAUUGAAUUGUAUGUUUAUAUCCUUUGACCAUUUAUCUCUUGAGGUUUUAAUAUUUUUGAAGGUUUGAAUAAAUUCUAUAUUAUAUAUGCCAACUUUUUUUUUAUCAUAAUACAAAUGUUCCCCAGUUUUUUGUUUUUUUAUUUGUGUUAGUUUUUAAUGUUACAGUCAUUUUCUUGCUUGGUUUUUGGAGCCAUUUAUUUUUUUCCUUUAUGAUUUCCAUUAUUGUUACAAGCUUUUCAGAGAUAUAUCCCUCCGAAGAUUUCAUAAAUAUUUGAUUAUUUCUCCUUGCUUUGCUAAGAGUUAAAGUAAAUAUUUAACUCUUUAAUCCACUAAGGGCUUACUCUGGUAUGUGGUAUGAAAGCCGAUCCAAAUCAUGUUUGGUUUUGUAUUUGUUAGCCAGUUAUCCUGGGAAUUCUUAAAGUAUAGUUAGGCAAUUGUUAAAUAACUAUUACUUCCCCUAAUUUUAUGAUAUUUGUAAAUUAAUUUCUCUUUCCAUACUGCCUUAUUUAUUCAUGUAUUUAUUUCUAAAGAUUUAUUUACUUACUUUAGAGAGAGAGCACAAGGUAGGGAAGGGUAGAGAGGGAGAGGGAGAGAAUCUCAAGGAUACUCCCUGCUGAGUGUGGAGCCUGACAUGGGGCUCAAUCCCAUGACACUGAGAUCAUGACUUGAGCUGAAACCAAGAGUCAGAUGCUUAACCGACUGAGCCAUCCAGGCACCCCUUAUUUUAAUAAUUAAUAUGUUCUGUUUUAGGAUUUCCUAGGAAGUAGAUCAUCAUUAUACUCACGGUUUCUUUGUUAGCAUGGAACUUUAAUAUUUAACAAAUAGUAAUUAACUGUACUUGCUGAAAUCUGUUUUCCUAUAUGAUAACAUAGUAUAUAUCUUUACAUAUGGCUCAUAAAAUUCUUUGUAAUUUUCUUUAUAAAUAUUAUAGACAAUUCUAAGUUUAUCCUCCCUCUUGUUUUGUUUCACUUAGCCAUUUUGAAUGGAAUUUCUUCCUUUUUUAUUAUAUUACUGAGCUGGUACUUACCAUCAUAAAAAAAGCUCCUAGUGGGGCGCCUGGGUGGCUCAGUUGGUUAAGCGACUGCCUUCGGCUCAGGUCAUGAUCCUGGAGUCCCGGGAUCGAGUCUCGCAUCGGGCUCUCUGCUCGGCGGGGUGUCUGCUUCUCCCUCUGACCCUCCCCCCUCUCGUGCUCUCUGUCUCAAAUAAAUAAAUAAAAUCUUUAAAAAAAAAAAAAGCUCCUAGUUAUGGUAAUUUCAUUAUAAAGCCAGUCACUUCAAUAAACGCAUAUAGGCUAAUAAAUUGAAACAGAUUCUUAGGAUUUCUAGACCUGCAGUCACCCUUUAAAACAUCACAUUUCAUUGGCACUGAGUACACACUAAAUGGAGUCGCCAUUAUUUGCAUAUUGAAAAGAGCAUUGGGCUGGAGAGUCAGGAAAUUUGAAUCCUACUUUCAUAUCCUCAACUGAGAAAGGCAUCUAUGAAGCAUCUUGUCUGGGUAGGCACCCUGCUAGGCAUUUGACAUAGGCCAUCUGGCCUAAGGCUUAGAAUAAUCCUACAGAGUAUACAUACAUCUUUAAAUACCAUAAACAAGGAAAGUAAAGUUGAGCGAAUAUAGUAGGCCAAGGCUGGCCCACGCUAGGCACAGGGAAGCAGUAAGAAAUGGAAUACCCAAGUGCCCAACUGUGGCAGUCUGUGGGUCCGCAGCCUGGCGUUCAUGACCUGGCCGGUUUACCACUCCCUGGGGGCUGCAGUGACCAGUGAACUUCAGCCAAGGGUCUGUGAGGAAGGCGAGAGGCAUGGAGAAGCUGCAUCAGCUCACUUUCAUCCUUAUCUUGUACAUACACUUUACACUUCUUGCCUUUGGGUCAUGGUAAGUUUGUGUGAAACUGUCCUGAAGGAAGUCUGUGUUCCCAUGCUCAUCAGUCUUCCAACCCAAGUCAGCCCUUUGAGGUCUGGCAUAAUUCAGUGGGUUAAAGAAUUUGUCCCAAAUCAUAUGAAUAAUGAUGGAGUAAGUGGCUUGCUCAACAGCCAGUGGUUUCUCCAUUCUCCCAGUGAUGUCUACACCAGUGAUACGGUUCAGGCCGUUCAUCUCACCUCUCAGUACUGUGAUUUCCUCAUCUGUCCAACAAAAGAGUCCGAUAAAUGGUCCAGUUCUGACAGGCUGGACAACUCUGCUAUUAAAUACACAUUACAUACUUCUUUCCUUCAAGACUGCAAAUUUCUCAAAGUCAGAGACUGUACUUUCCACAAUCUCGAAUCACUCCUAUUGCUUUGCAUAUAACAAGUGUCCAGUGAAUAUUGAUGCAGAAUGAGUGAAUUACUCAGUCAAAGAAAAUAGUCUUAGUGCUUUUCUCACAAGACAUUUGCAAUGCUAGGACACAAGGAACGCCUACGAUAUUUCACGUUUCAAGUGUGGAGUCUUAUAAAGACUGCAUUGGUCAUGAGCCUUUUCACGGGAAGAUGCUUACUUAGCAAGGGUCAGCUUGUUUUCAUCUGAAAAGAACAAAGAAUGGAGCUUAGGGAAGCAGGAGGCCUAGGAAGGAUCAAGGCGGGGGCUGUGGUAGAUAGACUUUUCUCUAAUAAAGCUGUUUGGGCUCUUUCUAGCUCUGUGCUGCUAUGACAGCAACAAUACGAAAAAACUGUGAGUCUUCAGGUUUAACAAAACUAAAGCCUGUCCAAACCCAAUCUUGAGUAAAUGACAAACUAUGGGGAGCAUGCCUUAACAUCUCCAUUUGGGCAUGCGCUAGGAACUACUACGUCUUAAGUUCCCGUCUAUAAUUGAAGCUCACAAUGUGUUCAAUGCACCCUUAGAAGAUAGAAGUCAAUCACCUCUGCAUUAUUUAAUAUUCUUUUUAUGCCCCCCAAAUCCAAAGGAAGAUAUACAGCCCUCGGAAGGCAUAGCGUCUGUGGAUUUUGUAAUUACUGGUUUUAAACUUAAAAUCUCACUGAAGUCUCUAGUUAACAUUUCUAUACCUUUAUGUCCGAAACCUUCUGAGCAGAUAUCCCAACCACCCUCCUGUUCCUUUGACUACCCCCAGCCAAAGAGGGUAGGGGGGAACACCUGCAUGGCCACUCGUUAACAAAAUUUAUUUUUGGAAUAAAAACAGCAAUUUGCAGCACGCUCAAGUGCCUGGCUUUGUCUCCUGAGCUUCACAAAAACCAGCAUCAUAGUGAGACAAUACAAUUAUUGUUCUCUGAAACUAAAAGACCUGUCUGGGGGAAAAUAAACAUUUUUUGUUGGAAAUUACUUAGCAUAUCAAACAAUUUUUAACUGGGUUUUUUUAAAAAAGGAAGCCUAGGGGGCGCCUGGGUGGCUCAGUUGGUUAAGCGACUGCCUUCGGCUCAGGUCGUGAUCCUGGCGUCCCGGGAUCAAGUCCCGCAUCGGGCUCCCUGCUUGGCAGGGAGCCUGCUUCUCCCUCUGACCCUCCCCCCUCUCAUGUGCUCUCUGUCUCUCAUUCUCUCUUUCUCAAAAAAAAUAAAAUAAAAUAAAAUCUUUAAAAAAAAAAAAAAAAAAAAAAGGAAGCCUAGGGAGGAAGAGCCAUAAUGAAUCAAACUGUUUUUUAAUGAGCUACAGUAUUUGCAGGAAAAGAAAAUAUUAUAUAAACCAAGAAGAGCUUGCCUAACAUGGUUAUAAAGGAGAAGGAUGAGAACCACAGCAACAUGUUAGUGCUGCCCCAGUAAAGAACAACACUGGUGGUUUCCUUAUCUUUUAUUUAUUUAUUUAUUUAUUUAAUUUAUUUUUUUAUUAUUAGGUUAUGUUAAUAAUCACCAUACAUCACAUCAGUUUUUGAUGUAGUGUUCCAUGAUUCAUUGUUUGCGUAUAACACCCAAUGCUCCAUGCAGUACGUGCCCUCUUUAAUACCCAUCACCGGACUAACCGAUUGCCCCACCCCCCUCCCCUCUAGAAACCUCAGUUUGUUUCUCAGAGUCCAUAGUGUCUCAUGGUUCAUCUCCACCUAUGAUUUCCCCUCCUUCAUUCUUCCCUUCCUGCUAUAUUCUUUUUUUUUUUUAACAUAUGAUGUAUUAUUUGUUUCAGAGGUACAAGUCUGUGAUUCAACAGUCUAACACAAUUCACAGCACUCACCAUAGCACAUACCCUCCCCAGUGUCUAUCACCCAGCCACCCCAUCCCUCCUACCCCCCACCACUCCAGCAACCCUCAGUUUGUUUCCUGAGAUUAAGAAUUCCUCAUAUCAGUGAGAUCAUAUGAUAAAUGUCUUUCUCUGAUUGACUUAUUUCGCUCAGCAUAACACCCUCCAGUUCCAUGCAUGUUGUUGCAAAUGGCAAGAUCUCAUUCCUUUUGAUGGCUGCGUAAUAUUCCAUUGUGUAUGUAUAUAUAUAUAUAUGUGUAUAUAUAUAUAUAUAUAUACACACAUAUAUAUAUAUAUACCACAUCUUCUUUAUCCAUUCAUCUGUUGAUGGACAUCUUGGCUCUUUCCACAGUUUGGCUAUUGUGGACAUUGCUGCUAUAAACAUCGGGCUGCACGUACCCCUUCGGAUCCCUACAUUUGUAUCUUUGGGGUAAAUACCCAGUAGUGCAAUUGCUGGGUCGUAGGGUAGCUCUAUUUUCACCUUUUUGAGGAACCUCCAUACUGUUUUCCAGAGUGGCUGCACCAGCUUGCAUUCCCACCAACAGUGUAGGAGGGUUCCCCUUUCUCCACAUCCCUGCCAACAUCUGUCAUUUCCUGACAUGUUAAUUUUAGCCAUUCUGACUGGUGUGAGGUGGUAUCUCAUUGAGGUUUUGAUUUGGAUUUCUCUGGUGCCGUGUGAUGUUGAGCACUUUUUCAUGUGUCUGUUGGCCAUUUGGAUGUCUUCUUUGCAGAAAUGUCUGUUCAUGUCUUCUGCCCAUUUCUUGAUUGGAUCAUUUGUUCUUUGGGUGUUGAGUUUGAUAAGUUCUUUAUAGAUUUUGGAUAUUAGCCCUUUAUCUGGUGUGUCAUUUGCAAAUAUCUUCUCUCAUUCUGAAGGCUGUCUUUUGGUUUUGUUGACUGUUUCCUUUGCUGUGCAAAAGCUUUUUAUCUUGAUGAAGUCCCAAUAGUUCAUUUUUGCCCUUGCUUCCCUUGCCUUUGGCGAUGUUUCUAGGAAGAAGUUGCUGCGGCUGAGGUCGAAGACGUUGCUGCCUGUGUUCUCCUUUAGGAUUUUGAUGAACUCUUGUCUCACAUUUAGGUCAUUCAAACAUUUUGAAUCAAUUUAUGUGUGUGGUGUAAGGAAAUGGUCCAGUUUCAUUCUUCUGCAUGUGGCUGUCCAAUUUUCUCAACACCAUUUGUUGAAGAAACUGUCUUUUCUCCGUUGGACACUCUUUCCUGCUUUGUCGAAGAGGAGUUGACCAUACAGUUGAGGGUCCAUUGCUGGGCUCUCUAUUCUGUUCCAUUGAUCUAUGUGUCUGUUUUUGUGCCAGUACCAUACUGUCUUGAUGAUGACAGCUUUGUAAUAGAGCUUGAAGCCCAGAAUUGUGAUGCCACCAACUUUGCUUUUCUUUUUCAACAUUCCUCUGGCUAUUCCGGGUCUUUUCUGGUUCCAUACAAAUUUUAGGAUUAUUUGUUCUA